AUGGACAUGGAGGAAGACCCGAUGCAGGAGUUGCGCUCGAUCGCGUCUACGGUGGACGCACCGCGCCGACCGCUAGGGUUGGACAAGAUGUUUCUUCGAGCAAAGAAUUGGAAGACGUCUGGACCAAGCGCCCCAGUUCGUCCACCGACGCCGGAGAUCAUCCCGUUACCACCACCCAUGCCGCUACCGGAAGUCGACGCCAACGGCGUGUCACCGAUGUCGCAGGUGUUCGAGUACGCAGACCUCGCACCGCUUGUGCUCGAAGAGAUCACGAACCCAAAGGAUAUGGCGCGCAUGUGCCGAGUCUGCAAGGAGUGGAACCACAUGCUGAGGCGGAGACUAUACCGCGACGUGGGAGGAGGCUCCGAAGCCGAAGGUGGGCUGUCAACUGUGCAAGCAGAUAUUCGCUUCUUCCCUCUCGACAUUCAGGGCGAGCAGCGUGUCCUCCUUGAGGACAAGAUUGAGAAGGCACUCGGGGACAUGGAGGGUCUCGAGCGGCUAGUAUGGACAAUGCACUUUGACCCGAAUAUGAUUGGCCGCAUGCGUUCGCUUCGCGAACUGAGAGUCAUGAUGCCCGACCAGCAGUUCCGCUUGGCGCUGCUCGAGAUUGCAGCGGCGCUGGACCAACGUCCGAUCGGCGGCCUCGAGCGUGCCCUUCUUAAACGACGAGUGGAUGGCUCGGAUAGCGCCGUAUAUGCGAUUGCUGAAGAAGUUCACCCUCAUCGGCCGCACACGGAUAACGAGAACGGGCGUGUUUCACCUUCUCGACGCUGCACCGGGUCUGGAGGAGCUCGUUCUAGAUGCGCCUCCACAUUCUCGCCGGAUCUCGAGCACCUGCACACGUUCUCACUGUCGUUUGAAGGAAAGCAUGACCCCCGGCAUCCAACACGACGCAUCGUAAUCGAGCCGGCUGACCUGCCAGUGCUCCGACACACGGAGUCGCUGCGGGCGCUUGAGCUCACGAUAUCGGCGUCGCGAGACGCCAUUCAACGCCAGCACCUUCUUCCGCCUCACUCACUUGACUCGCUCAUGGCGCAGGUCAACUUUGGAGCACUGACGAGACUCGCCCUCUUGAAUAUCGUGGUGUCGACUGAGGUUUUGACCGCCAUCCUCGAAAACACAACACUGAACGAGCUGUACAUCAGUGUAGCGCGGCAUGAGACACUGACGGAGUGCGAUGCUCUUCUGAGGGCCCCUUUGCAUGUGCUUCAUGCAAACGCACCGGCUCAGUUCGGCCCUGAUCGGACGCACCUGGGCCUCCUUGCCGCCUCGAUGCCGCUGGUCGAGGAGAUCGGGUCGCUCAAUCAGGAGGACGAGGAGGAGGAGCAGCAGGAGACGCACCACCGACGCCAUCGUCCGGACCCGGAUGAGGAAGAUGAGGACGAGGAAGAUGAGGAUGGAGAGGGCGGUGGCCACGACGACGAUGAUGACGAGGAGGAUGAGGAAGACGAAGACGACGAUGAAGGAGUCGCCGAGUUCAUCGAGGAGGGUGCCGGCGACGACUCGACGCCCGCCGACCGCAUGCGCCAUCGUAACCUCGAGCGCGAGAUGCGUCGCGACGAGGAGGAGAACAUCGAUGAGAUUCUCCAGGGCAUCAAGGAGCGACACAGGCGCCAGGUCAGGUACAACACCGAGGGUGACCAGGUUCCCCAGCGUCUUCUCAUGCCCGGUGUCGAGGACCCGAGCCUGUGGCAGGUGCGCGUGAAGCUCGGCCGUGAGCGUGCGAUCACUGCGUCCAUCUUCCGCAAGGUGUUCAAGUCUGGCAUCCCCGUCAUCUCCGUCUUCUACCGCGACUCGCUCCCGGGUCUGAUCUACCUCGAAGCCCGGCAGUCUGCCGAUGUCAACUCGGCGUUGCAGGGCAUUGUCGGUGUGUACCUCUCCCGAGGCAUCCAGCUCGUGCCGAUCGAGGAGAUGGCCCCUCUUCUUCGCAUCAAGAAGAAGGAGAUCGACCUUGUUCCCGGCAUGUGGGUCCGUCUCAAGCGCGGAAAGCACACUGGCGACUUGGCACAGGUCAUCGACAUCGACCAGCUCACCUCUGGUGUUGUUGGUGUCAAGUUUGUGCCCCGUAUCGACAUGACGCCGAGAGAGAAGAAGACGGAGCGUCUCGGCAACGGCAAGGGCGGUCUUGGUGGCAACUUCCGGCCACCGCAAAAGCUGUUCAACUACGAGGAGGUCCGCCGCGUGUAUGGCAAGCAGAAUGUGCGACACGGGCAGGGCAAUAGCCACAUUUUCGACGGCGACGAGUACAUUGAUGGCUUCUGUUACAAGGACAUGAAGAUUGCUCUCCUCACGACCGAGGACGUUCAGCCCACGCUCGAGGAGGUCUCGACCUUUAGCGGCGAGGAUGCGACGGGCCGCAUUGACCUGUCGACCAUUGCUGAUGCGAACCGCAGCAUCAGCGCCUCGUUCCUCACCCCGGGUGACCAGGUUGAGGUGUUUGAGGGAGAGCUCACGGGCAUCCUCGGCAAGGUCGAGACGAUUGAGGGCGAUACGAUCUCGAUCAAGGCUAUCGGCGGCGAGAUCCACGGACAGACUGUUGAAGUCCCGGCCCGCUCGGUGCGCAAGAAGUUCGACGUUGGUGAGCACGUCAAGAUCACGAACGGCAAGAACGCGAACGUGUCGGGUAUGAUCGUCGAUGUCAAUGGCGAGGUCGUGACCCUCAUGUCGGACCAGGGCCAGCAGGAGAUCAAGGUGUUCUCGAAGGAUGUGCGCAAGGCGGCGGACGUCGCUAGCGGCGACUCCGCCACUGUCACCCAGCAGCAGGGUCUGUACGAGCCCCAUGAGCUGGUCAUGCUCGACUCGACCACGGCUGGUGUCAUUACCAAGGUUGAGGGCAGUAUGCUACGCGUCCUGGACCAGAACGGUAUGCACCGUACGGUCAGCACGAACGAGGUCACGCUGCGACGAGACAAUGCCCGCUACGCCGUUGCGACGGACUCGACCGGCGCCGAACUCCGCUGCGGAGACAAGAUGAAGGAGACCGAUGGCGAGAACCGCCGCGGAGAGGUCAUCAACAUCUCGCGCUCCAUUUUCGUCUUCCUGCACAACCGCGAGUACUCCGAGAACAAUGGUGUUUUCGUUGCGCGUGCGACGUCGCUCGUCUCGCUCACGCCCAAGGCGAGCACCGACCUCACGAAGCAGAACCCGGCUUUGAAUGCUCAGCUCCACCAGAUGAACCUGAUGCCCCCGCCUCAGUCGGUAGGUAACCGUAGGAUUAUCAACACUCCGGUUGUCGUUACCCGUGGAACGUACAAGGGUCUCCUUGGUACAAUCAAGGACGUUGUCGGAGCUGCGGAGGCACGUGUCGAACUGGCCACGAACAACAAGACGAUCACGAUCCAGACUGCCUUCCUGAAGCGCAAGGACCCCAAGACGGGUGCUACAUACCCGCUCGACACCGGUAACUUCGGUGCUGGUGGUGGUGGUGGCGGCCGCGGCGGCUACGGAGGCGGCGGUGGUGGCUACGACACGUACAAUGGUGGCGGCCGCACUGUCAACCCGUACGGGGGCGCCACUCCGGGUGGUCAGUUUGGCCGGACGCCGAACCCAUACUCGUCCGGUUACGGCAAGACCCCCAACCCGUACGCCUCCAGCGGAGGCAAGACUCCGGGAUGGGGAGCGGGCGGUGGCAAGACUCCCGCACCCGGAUGGAGUGGCGGUGGUGGCAAGACGCCUGGAUGGGCCGGAGGUGGUGGCAAGACGCCUGCCUGGGGAGGAGCCGGUGGCAGGACGCCUGCCCCGCAGUAUGGCGGAGACGGUGGUCGCACCCCUGCGCCGUCGUGGUCUGGAGGCGGUGGCGGCAAGACGCCCAACCCGUACGCUUCGGCUCCCACGCCGGCUGCCUACAACGACCCGGGAACAUCACGACCCAUCUCUGCUCCUACGCCAGGCGCUUACGGCGGAGCUGCGUUCAGCGCCCCCACACCUGGCGCCGCUCUCAGCGCCCCGACCCCAGCUCCUGCUGGCGGCUUCAGCGCUCCCACGCCCUACUCUGCGCCGACACCUGGUGCUGGUCUUAGCGCGCCCACCCCGGGUGUUUUCGCUGCUCCGACGCCGGGCGCCGGCCUGUCGGCCCCUACGCCCGCUGUCUUUGGUGCGCCGACGCCGUUCGCCCCCGCACCCGCUGGUGUGCCGAACGCUUCGGGCAUCCCGUGGGAUUGGGCGCUCGAUUUCCGCAACGUGCUCGUCACGGUCGGACCUUCGCAGCGUCCCGGCUCGCGCAACCCGCGACACUUCCAGCGUGGCUUCUACGACGGACAGCAGAUGGGUAUCGAGAGCACGGUCAACGAGAGCGUCGUGUGCCGCGUGCUCGACGGCGGCAGCAGCGAGACGCUCGAGAUCCCCGCCGAGUAUCUGCAGCCUGUCCGGCCCGACGGCGAGGGCCAGGAGGUCAUCGUUAUCAGCGGCGACCCCGCGAUGAAGGGCCAGCAGCGCCGCACGGCGUACCGCAACGACCAGCAGUGGAUGAUGGAGCAGGCGCCGUCGGACAUGAUGGCGCUGGUCAUGGACGAGAACGACCUGGCGCGUAUCUGGCACACGGAGUAG